UGUCAGCUGGUCGGGGAAAAGCCCGGACUGCGGCUGCAGCGGUGUCAAACAGGCACCAAUACUCAACUACUUUCAGGGAAAGAUGGCGACCCGAGUCCUUCAAAGAGUAGGCAAAGGCCUUAACAAGACGAAAAAUGGACUUCAGGCGAAAGGGCCGGUCACUGUUACCAUCAGGAGCCUCUCAGGGUUCAAAUCUCUUUUUGUUAGAAAAGUUGACCCAAGAAAAGACGCUCACUCUCAUCUGCUCGCCAAGAAAGAGGACAACAAUCUGUACAAAAUACAGUUUCACAACGUCAAGCCAGAGUGCCUUGAUGAUUACAAUGAACUUUGUGAGGCCGUGUUGCCCUCCAUUCACGCUGAUCCUGAAUACCCUUGUGAGCUUGUGGGCACCUGGAACACAUGGUACGGAGAGCAGGAUCAGGCAGUUCACCUAUGGAGAUAUCGGGGAGGAUACCCAGCUCUCACCGAAGUCAUGAACAAACUCAGGCAGAAUAAGGGGUUUAUGGACUACAGGGCAAAGAGAGGGAAGAUGCUACUGUCUCGGAGGAACCAGCUGCUGCUGGAGUUUAGUUUCUGGAAUGAACCUGUUCCACGUCCAGGACCCAAUAUCUAUGAGCUGCGAUCAUACCAGCUCAGGCCAGGUACAAUGAUCGAGUGGGGAAAUUACUGGGCUCGUGCUAUUGAAAUUCGCCAGCAGAACCAUGAGGCAGUGGGAGGCUUUUUCUCACAGAUUGGAAGUCUGUACACUGUUCAUCACUUAUGGGCUUACAAAGAUCUUCAGUCCAGAGAAGAGAUCAGAAAUGCAGCCUGGCAGCGAGAAGGUUGGGAUGAGGUUGUUUAUUACACAGUCCCUCUUAUUCAGCACAUGGAAUCCAGAAUAAUGAUCCCUAUGAAGAGUUCACCCACGAAGUAAUCGCCAACAUGAGGGGGAACACUCAGCAGCCACUGCUACAACUACACCGAUUUCUAGAGUGUUAUCAACCAUCAGAGCGUGUACUGCCGGAGAUGUCGACAUAAUCGAAAUAUGUUUUUGUGGUUUGCUUUGUUUCUUCACUCCCACUUUUUUGGAGUCAUUUUUCAGAUAAUUAGGUCAAAAUGAUUAUCUCUAAAAUUUGUACCCGUUACACCAAUUACUGAGUUACUGAUCUGUGGAGACAGUGUUUUGUAUUCUCCCCCUCUUCCUCACUAGUUGUCAUGUAAAAUUUAAAGAAAUAUGAACAUGAUUGUAAGCUUGUUGCCAAUGUAACUGCCUCCAGUAUCUCACAACUAAAUCACAAGUACAGGGCUCUUGAUUCAAUGUCAAUUUAAGUGCAUAGGCUUAAAUUUGACAGACAAUGGUCAAUUUUUCCCAAGCAAAACAUGAUUCACUGUUUAUUUCUUUAAGAAUGGUCUUAUGUUUACAAGGCUUCAGUCCACCCUUCUGGUUGAGGCAUGUACUGGUGAUGGUGGGAUUAAUGAAAGUAACAUAUAUGAAGAUAUUCAUGAGUUCAAGCUCACAAAUGAAUCAAACAGUGUUGAAGUGAAAAGAUAAAAUCUUUUAUUCCUGGUUUAUUUAUAAAUAUACUAAAUCCCUU